AUUGUACUAUAUCAUUAUGUGGUAAUAUUAUUAGUAAUAUUGCAUUUAAUAUAUAAUAUAUUAUUAAUAUUAUUAUAUUGUAUUAUUAGUAGUAUAAUAUUGUAGUCCAUUAUAAUAUUAUUAUCAAUAUUAUAUAUUAUAUUACAGUAGGCAUGUCUGAUGAAAGAGACGUUGCUACAGAAAUGGCUUCUAGAGGGAUUGAAAGAGUGUAUCAUGCCAAUGAGAAACUUGGUUACUAAAAUAGAAUAAUGCCGCCGCUGUUGUUGUUGUUGUUGUUGUUGUUGUUGUUCCCUAUAUCCGAAUGUAGCUCACAUCCCCAAGCAUUUCCUCUAACCUACUUUUCCUUAGAGCUUCAUCCAGAUUGAGUUACUGUAAGGAAACAAUUGUUCUGGCUGAGAGCCAGUUUAGCAGCAUGGCACACUUUUAAAGCAGGCAAUGUUAUUUAUAUCUCUCUUUCGUGGCUACUGAGAUAACAUUUACACAACUAAUAUUAAAGAAUGGAGGGCUUUUCUUUUUUUUUUCCUGGCUAACAUUUAAAGUGUUUAUUAAGCUCUUUAUCCCAAGUUGUUGACUAGAGCAAUAAAGAAACUCAAGAUGCCAAUCCCUUUAAUAGAUCAGUCGGUCACCAUUAAAAAAAGAAAAGAAAAACAAACCUGGGUGGCACCCAGCAACCAAGACAUGUUAAUUCUCUUUCCAGUAACCAACUGCCUGGGAAACAGUUCCUGGUAUUGCUUUCUUUUGCAAAGGUUGUACCGAAUUUAGGGAAUGUCAUGGCUUUUCUUCCUCCCUUGAUUUGCUGAGUAACAUUGGUACACACAGUGCUGUUGAAGUUGGCAUUAACAAAAUGUCCUGAACAAAAAUGUUCAUCACUGUGCUUCAUGGUGAACACAAGGCAGAUAUUUUUAACAUUCAUUGCAAAGUCCAGAUUCUCCUAGAUGGCAUUAAACAUCGCUGUGGCUGUGAGGAUGAAGAAGAAAUAGACUUAGCAGACGAGAGUGGCCAAGUAAAGAAUUUACUCCAAAACAAGCACCGCUCUGCAAUUGAGCUUCUUGAAGAACGAGAGACUUAUGUACUCCUUGGUAUUACAAUCAAUAGUGAAAGACCUUCAGAGGCAGGAUUUAUCCCUCUGCUGAAAGAUGAAAUCAUCAUUAACUCCAGGUUCCUAGCUAAACUCGCAGCUUGGCAAGAGCAAAAGAAACCUUCUCCCAGGAUGAAAUCCAAAAGGGCUCAUAGAAGGUCAAACCUAGAUAUUCCAGCUGCUGUAGGCUUACGGAACCAUUCACCCCAUGGCAGUAGAACAAGGACUCCCAUUGGAUCCCCAAAGUCAAGCAGGAAAAAUUGACGUUUCACUGAGUGUCAACUGAUAACCAAUGCUAAAUAUAUAUUUUUCUUCUUUUUGGUGCCAUAUUAGACAUGCAAUUCUAAUUGUAAUCCUCAUUGGCCAGUUUUGCACAUAGCUUCAAGCACACGUAGUAUGUUGCAGUAUAGAUGUGCCAAUUGUGUCUCAACGUAAGCAAUUAGCUAUAGAACUGAAGGCGACAUUUAUAUAUUUUUACAUCUCUUUUUGGAUGGAUCUUUGGUUUCUUAUUUUUUUCCAGAGUUUUAGAAGAGUUUUAAUAAAUGUUCCUAAAAUGAGAA